CUUAUCCGUUCGAUCGUUCUACAAUCAGUCAGUCUGCAACGUAAAACAGUAACAAUGUUCACCAAAAUUAUCGUCUUCAUUGUCUUUCUUGCUGUGGCCUGUGUAAGUGCCAAGCCAGGAUUGGUCGCUCCGGUGGCCUACACGGCCCCGGUGCUAGCUGCAGCCCCUGCCGUCGUAACGGCGCAGAGUUCGCAGUUCUUCGCCCGUAACUACAACGGAAUUGCUCCUCUCGCAUAUACUGCCGUAGCCCCGGUUGCAUAUGCAGCUGCUCCUGCCUUUGCUGCCUAUGCUGCUGCUCCGGUGCUGCUGUAAAAAUCGACUACUUCCGGAUUUUGUUCAGCGCUGUGAUACCUGAAUGAAGAUGUUGCAAUGUUAAUAUAUUUAGUAGGUUUCAAUUAAUAGUACAAUUCUCUCUCCCAAAA